GUCAAGAAGUUGGUUAAAGCCUUUCCUCAGCUGCCGCCAAGGUGCUCGGUCCUUCCGAGGAAGUUAAGGCCGCGUUGGGGUGAGGCCCUCACUUCAUCUGGUGACUAGCACCAUGCUGGCAGUCCACAACAUGGCUUCUGUCUCCAAGCUCACCUGCAUCUACUCCGCCCUCAUCCUGCAUGACAACGAGGUGACGGUCACGGAGGAUAAGAUCAAUGUCCUCAUUAAAGCAGCUGGUGUCAAUGUUGAACCUUUCUGGCCUGGCUUGUUUGCAGAGGCUCUGGCCAAUGUCAACAUUGGGAGCCUCAUCUACAAUGUAGGGGCUGGUGGGCCAGCUCCAUCCGCCGCUGCUGCCCCAGCUGAGGAGAAGAAAGUAGAAGCAAAGAAGGAAGAAUCUGAGGAAUCCGAGGAUGACAUGGGAUUUUGUCUUUUUGACUAAACUGCUUUUGUUAACAUGUCCAAUAAAGAGCUAAACCUGUAAGUUAAAAAAAAGAAGAAGUUGGUUAAAGAACAAAACAUACAUAAAGUUGUAAAGGCCACCUCAAAAAUAAUUAUGUCUAUUUAUUUUAUUACACUAACUGUGAAUGUGAGACAAAUUUCCUGAGCUCAUUUGUCAUUAUUCAUUAAAACACAUAAGAGCCUACAUAGUAUUACAAAUUUUCGAGACUGAUAGACCUGGAUCCUAUACAUUACUUUAAAACAUACCAACUGCAUUACAUUGGAUAAAUUAGGCCUGCUAGCCUCAGUGUCUUAAUAUAUAAAAUAGGAAAAAUGAGCUAUACCUUGUUGUACAGACUAGCAAUAAUGUCUGUAUAAAAAAGUCUUUUUUUCUAAUGCUUAGGCACAUACUGUUCAGAUUGAAACAAAUCUUAGCUAUCAUUGUAUCUCCCAUUGUUGAUAUAUAGGUGGUCUCCUUUUGGCUGUUUUGUAGAUAUGGACACUACAGUGGGGUGAACCUGAUCAAGUUGGCCUCAGCAUCUGGGGACGUAAGAAUGUGGAUGCCACAUUGAAGUCUACAAAUAGAUGUUCAACAUUCAGUUUUCAACACCAACACUGGUGUCCUGAGUGAAGGUGAGAAUGGAGAGUACGAGAGAAAUCAGUGGCAAGUUUUUCUCGUAUUGGCAAUGAGAAAUAAGUGGAAUAAGGAGAAAUACAUCUGGAAAGUGGUCUAGACUGCACAAUCAAAAUUGAAACCGUCAUCCAAGAAAGAUACUUAAUGUGGCAUCAGAAGUACAGGGUCACAGAAGAGGCAUGUGUAGACACGUAGGAUAAAAUGGGUAGGUGAGAAGGAGAUGAUAGUGGUGAGAGGGAGGUGUAUCUCUGUAGUGGUCAAACAAGGAUUUUCCUGUAAUAUAUUCUACUGAAAACUCUACCAGAGAACUCCAGCUGGUAAACACCUCCAGCAAAGUAGCUGGAUACAAAAUUAACUCAAAGAAACCAGUAGCCCUCCUUUAUACAAAUGACAAAUGCACCUAGAAAAAAUUUAGGGAAACAACACCAAAUUUACAUUAACCAUGAAUAAUAUAAAAUAUCUUGGUGUAACUCUAACCAAGGGAGUGAAAGAUGUGUAUGACAAGAACUUCAACUCCCUGAAGGAAAAAGUUGAAGAAGAUCUCAGAAGAUGGAAAGAUCUCCCAGGCUCAUGGAUUGGUAGAUUAAGAUAGUGAAAAUGAUCAUCUUACCAAAAGCAAUCUACAGAUUGAAUGAAAUCUCCAUCAAAAUUACAACUCAAUUCUUCACAGAAAUAGAAAGAGUAAUUCUCAACUUCAUAGUGAAUAACAAAAAUCCAAGGACAGCAAAAAGCAUUCCCAACAAUAAAAGAACUGGGGGGAUCACUAUCCAGCUUUACUACAGAGCAAUAGUGAUUAAAAACUGUAUGGUAUUGGUACAGAGAUAGGCAGGUAGAUCAAUGGAAUAGAACUGAUGACCCAGCAAUAAACCCACAUACCUCAUACCUAUGGUCACGUCACCUUUGACAAAGAAGUCCAAACCAUACAAUGGAAAAAAGAAGCCAUCUUCAACAAAUGGUACUGUUCUAACUGGAUGUCUACAUGUAGAAGUAUGAAAAUAGAUCCAUAUUUAUUACCCUUCACAAAACUCAAGUUUAAAUGGAUCAAAAACCUCAAUUUAAAACUAUAUAUACUGACUAUUAUAGAAGAGACAGUGGGAAAUACCCUUGAAAGAAUUGGUACAGGAGAUAAUCUCCUGAACAGAACUCCAAUGACUCAGGCUCUAAGAUCAACAAUUGAUAAGUGAAACCUCAUGAAAUGGAAAAGCUUCUGCAAGGCAAAACACACUGUCAAUAGGAUAAAAUGGAAGCCUACAGAUCAGAAAAAGAUCUUCAUCAGCCCUACAUCUGGCAGAGAGCUAAUAUACAACAUUUAUUAAGAACUCAAGAAGUUAGGCAUCAACAGUCCAAAUAUCCCAAAUAAAAUAUGGGGUAGAGAACUAACCAGAAUUUUCAACAGAUGAAUCUCAAAUAGCUGACAAGUACUUAAAGAAAUUUUCAAAGACCUUAGUCAUUCGGGAAAUGCAUAUCAAAACAAGGCUGAGCACCCAUCAGAAUGAGUAAGAGCAACAGUGCAUGCUGGGGAGGAUGUGGAACAAGGGGGAACACUCCUCCACUGCUGGUGGGAGAGCAAACUUGUACAGUCACUCUGGAAAUUAAUUUGGUGGUUUCUCAGAAAACAGAAUAGUUCUCAGGUAUACCACUCCUGGACAUAUACCCAAAAGAUGCUCUACCAUCCCACAGGGACACUUGCUCAACUAUGAUCAUAGUAGAUUUAUUUGUACUAGCCAGAAACUGGAAACAACCUAGAUGCCCCUCAACUUAAGGAUGGAUAAAGAAAAUGUGGUACAUCUUCUGUCCAGCUAUUAAAAACAAAGACAUCAUACAUUUUGCUGGCAAAUGGACAGAACUUGAGAAUGUCAUCCUGAGUGAGGUAAUCCAGUUCCAAAAGGAGAUGCAUGGUAUGUACUCACUGUUAAGUGGAUAUUGGCCAUAAAACACAGGAUAUCCACACUACACUUCAUAGACACAAAGAAGCUAAACAAGAUGGAAGGCCCAAGCAAGAAUGCUUGCAUCUCACUUAAAAGGGGGAAUAAAAUAGUCACAAGAGACAGAUGGAGGGAGGAAACUGGGAGUGAGGGGGAUGGGAUGGGCAAUGAUGAGUCCUGGAUUAGGUGUGGAGAGGGACAGGGAAGAUGGAUAGACAGCAUAAGAAUGAAUGGAAA